AUGGAGUCGUGCAGGCCGCGCUACUACACCCCGAAGGAAGUCUCGGUGCACACCCGGCCCGGGGACCUCUGGGUCUCCUAUUUGGGCCGCGUCUACGACCUCACCUCUUUGGCCGCCGCCCACAAGGGAGAUCUCUUGAUGAAACCAAUCCUAGAAGCAGCAGGGAAAGACAUUAGCCAUUGGUUCAACCCCAAAACCAAAGAUAUACAGACACACAUUGAUCCUCUAACGGGAUGUCUCAAAUAUUAUACUCCGCAAGGCCGCUUUGUGCACAUUCCACCUCCCCUACCUCGCUCAGACUGGGCCAAUGACUUCGGUAAGCCCUGGUGGAGGGAUCCCAUAUAUGAGGUGGGCAUCUUGUCCUCCAAAACAAGGCAUAUACGAAUCAUCAACACUCUGACCUCUCAGGAGCAUUCCCUUGAGGUGUGUUCAGAGGAAAACAUGUGGGAGAUCUUGCGACGCUACCUCCCUUACAAUGCCCACGCUGCUAGCUACACAUGGAAAUACGAAGGCGUCUAUCUAGACAUGGAGAAGACUCUUCAACAAAAUAACAUUCCAGAUGAGGAUGAAGACUUCUACGAGCUCAACAUGGAUGCCGAUGCCUUCACACCAGCCAUCUUACUCUACUUCAAUGAUGAUCUCACUGAGCUCUAGGAGCUAAUGAUCCAUCUGUCCUGUGUCUAAAAUGUGGCACCUGCUCUUUCUGCUCAGACCAUGGAGGUGUUCCCUCUCAAGCUCCCUUGAAAUCAGGUACUACGAAAAUAACAAACGCGGCCCUGCUGAAAUGUCAUGUCAGGCGACCGCCUCCCAUUUCAGUGAAACACUGUCUGGUUUAGAGACAUAAAACAUUUUUUGUAAUGAACAAAUUUAUCUUUACAGAACAAUUAAAAACAUUAUUUACAAAAACCAAA